AUGGCACCCCACCGCUCAGCUUCUGCCUUCUCAACCGUCCACGGCAAUGACCCUCCUGCCUCCUUCUCCCCCGAGGCGCUCAACAAGAUCCUCGACCCGGACAACCGCGAGAACCGCGCCGCGUUCAAGAAGUACAUGGCCGACAACCACGACCUCUUUGUGCCCCGCUUCGACAUUCCGUUGACCGAGGAGCGUGAUCGCGCAUUCGCGCGUCUCCAGGCUGUGGCUCGCAAGGGCUACAUCUCGGUACUCGACUUUGAGCGUAACCCUCUCAACGUGUUUGCCGCCCACGAGAUGCUCGGUCUGGUGGACGGUGGCGGUUGCACCAAGAUGACCGUCCACUUCAACCUGUUCGGCGGCACCCUGCUCAAGCUCGGUACCGACCGCCACCGUCACCUCUUGCCCGAGAUUGACCACCUCGACUCCACCGGUUGCUUUGGCCUCACAGAGCUCGGAUACGGCAACAACGCGAUCGAGAUGGAGACAACGGCAGUGUAUGACUCCAAGACGCAGGAGUUUAUCGUCAACUCACCAACGCCCAAGAGCCAGAAGUACUGGAUCAGCAACGGCGCCAUCCACGCACGCUACUGUAUCGUCUUUGCACAGCUCAGCGUUGACGGCAAGCAAGAGGGCGUCCACGCGCUCCUGGUUCCGAUCCGCGACAAAAACCUCAAGGUGCUGCCAAAUGUUACCAUUCGCGACAUGGGCCGCAAACAGGGCCUCGACGGCGUCGACAACGCCCUCCUGGCCUUCCACAACAUUCGGAUUCCUCGAGUCAACCUCCUCAACCGCUACUCCGAGGUCGACGAGGCGGGCAAGUUCAGCUCCCAAAUUGCGAGUCGCCGUGGGCGCUUCAUCAAAGUUGCGGACCAGCUGCUGUCGGGUCGCUUGUGCAUUGCGGCGAUGACUCUCAGCUCGGCCAAGUCGUCCCUCACCAUUGCCAUCCGCUAUGCAGCGACGCGCCUCACCGUUGGACCCAAGGGUCUCUCGGACGCACCAAUCCUCAGCUAUCAGCUGCAGCAGCGCGCUCUCAUUCCCAUUCUGGCCCGCACCUACGCGCUGUCCAUGGGCAUGAACUAUGUCAAGGCAUUCUGGGCCGACCCCAAGAGUGACCCCGAGGAUGUGGUCCGCAAGGUCUGCGUCAUCAAGCCGCUCGUGACGUGGCACGCCGAACGCACUGGCUCAAUCUGCCGGGAGCGCUGCGGUGGGCAGGGUUACCUCGCGGCGUCGCGCCUGGCCAGCACCAUCACCUUUGCGCACGCUGGUAUCACGGCCGAGGGUGACAACUCGGUGCUCAUGCAAAAGGUCGCCAAGGAGCUUCUUGCGGGUGUCGAGUCUGGCAAGGUCAAGCUUCCCACUGGUGCGGCUGCGUCGGGUGACAUUGCCGAACCCCACGUGCUGGCGGAGCUUAUCCGCGCUUUCUCCCACCGCUCCCUGUCAGAGCUCGGUGCGAGUCUCGCCCAGAAGCUCGGUAAGGAGCGUCGCCCGCUCUUCGAGGUGUGGAUGGGCGAGGAGAGCGUUGCUAUCCAGCGCGCCUCGACAGCCUACGGCGAGCGCCUGUGCAUGGACGAGGUCAUUGUGCAGAUGGAAAAGGCCGACCCCACGACGCGCAAGGUGCUCGCACGCAUCGCGACGGUGCACGGCCUCGCGGUCGUCGAGCGCGAGCUUGGCUACCUCGUCACCCACAAGCUAGUCCCCGCCGACAUUGCCGCCACUGUCGAGGACCGCCUCUCCAAGGCUGUCGCGGACCUGGCGCCAGAUGCCAUCCCCCUCGUCGCGGGCUUUGGCAUCCCCGAGGACUUGCUGUACGCGCCCAUCGCGAUCGACUGGGAGCGUUACAACGAGUACGACAACCACGGCGAGCUCGUCUCGGCCAAGCUCUAG